AUGGAUGCAAUCCGUGUUUCCAAGGUGGAGCAAGUCAUUUUUUCAAAAGCUGGCUCGAUUUCUCAGGGAACAGUCCAUUUAACGGCCCACCAUAUUAUAUUCCGUUACGAUGAAGCUGAAGAGAAGGAAAUGUGGAUGCCUUAUCCUCUGAUAUCCUUGGUUAAUCGCCUUCCACAUACCCUUCAAGGUCAAUCACAGCUCAAUUUCCAGACUCGAACCUUUGAGUCGUUCUCCCUGACAUUUAAAAAGGACACUGAUGCCGGUGAUGUCUUCGAAAGCGUCAAGGAGCUGACUGUUGCCGGUUCCGUCUCCCAGCUCUAUGCCUUUUUCUAUACUCCAACACCACCGUUCCCUAAUAGGGACGGAUGGACCAUCUAUUCUCCCCGAGAUGAAUACGUGCGGAUGGGGGUGGGUACCCGUUCCAAAGCAUGGCGAUUCACGGACCUCAAUAAAGAUUACACUUUCUGCCCAACUUACCCAUCCCGCCUAGUAGUACCCACCAGAAUCAGCGAUACCACUCUACAAUAUGCCUCUAAAUAUCGGAGCAAAUGUCGAAUCCCAAUAUUAAGCUACCUUCAUUGGGCAAACUAUGGGAGCAUUACUCGUUCAAGCCAGCCAAUGGUUGGUAUAACACAGAGCAGAUCCGUACAGGAUGAAAAACUUAUUGAGGCUAUAUUUCAAUCACAUUGGUCACCGGAAUCUCGCGUAUCGAACACAGUUGUAUAUGGUGCUACUCCAACCAACCUAAUCAUUGAUGCUCGGCCAACAGUCAAUGCAGUAGCUAACACUGCUAAAGGUGCUGGCACAGAAAAUAUGGAUUACUACAAGGAAGGCAAGAAAAUAUACCUUGGAAUUGACCAUAUUCAUACCAUGCGGGAGUCCUUAGCAAAAGUCGUAGAAGCACUCAAGGAAGCCGAUCAACUCCUCGCUAGCAUCAACAACGAAACCGAUCAUGGAACAAGCCUUGCGGUGCUAGACAAACAAGCCUUACGUCGCUCUGGAUGGCUGCGUCAUAUUUCUGCGAUUUUGGAAGGCACCUUAAUCAUAACAAAAAACAUUCACGUUAAUUCAUCGCAUGUCCUUAUCCAUUGCUCUGACGGUUGGGAUCGUACAUCUCAACUCUCUGCGUUGUCUCAGAUUUGCCUUGAUCCCUUCUAUCGAACCAUUCGUGGAUUUGAAAUUUUGGUCGAAAAGGACUGGUUGUCAUUUGGCCAUAAAUUUUUGGACCGUUGUGGACAUUUGUCUUCUGAUAAAUUCUUUUUGUCGCCUACGGUCGACGCGAACUCUGGAAGUGGAGCGGAUGCUGCCCAAGCCUUUCUAGCUUCGGUUCAAAAUCGGUUCGCUUCUCAACAGCAUAUAAAGGAGACAAGUCCUGUAUUUCACCAAUUCCUGGAGUCUGUGCGGCAAAUCCAACGUCAGUAUCCAGAACGUUUCGAAUUUAAUGAACGUUUCCUGCGAACACUUUACUACCAUCUUUACUCAUGCCAAUUCGGAACAUUUCUUUUCAAUACUGAAAAAGAUAGAAGAGUUGGAGACGGCAAUGGGCCACCUCCCUGUGAACGUACCAUCAGUGUUUGGGAUUUCUUCAAUUCUCCUGCGGAGAUGGCUCAGAACACGAACCCUGAUUACAACCCUGCUCUUGAUGACCCCGCUAGCCGUUCCCCUGAUGCUGAUAUGGGUGUAUUGUUUCCCAACCCGAAGAACGUACGCUUUUGGAACGAGCUUUACGGACGGACAGAUGAAGAAAUGAAUGGAAAAUUCAUCUUUGGGCAAUCUCGAGAAACGGAGGUCGUGGGCCCUGUUGAUAACGCCGCGGAGGAUCCCGUCGUACAGGACACCACAAGAACCCAACUCUUUCAAACCUCGCCGUCGAAAGCAGGGGUUUCCGUGGAUAAAAUGUCUCAUUCCGUAAACCCAACUUCUUCUGGACGUAAAUUAUCUCCAGGUAUUACUGCAAGCCUUCGAGAUUUGUCAUCUUCGCUUCCAGAUUUCGCUACUUCAGCUCCUGGGCCCAGUAGAAGCUCUAGUUCAACGCCUGCUCCCCCAAGUACACAACAAUCGAAAACUUAUACGUCAAUACCUGCCAAUCAGACACAUCUACCGCUUUGGUCGAGAUCAAUGCCCCCAGAGUUAGGAGGUGGGGUGAAAUCAGUGUGGGGGAAGCUUUCUUCAAAUGCUUCAGCGGCUUUCUCCGUUGUACAGGAUGCAUAUGCUGGUGUUGCGAAAGAUUUGCUCAACACGGGACAAACCGACGAACCGGGAUCUGACAAAACGUCUGAACUUCGUGGCCGAGACACUCUUAGUACAUGGGGCGAACGAUCAAUACCCCGUCCUCAUUCUCCACAGUCCUCUUCACGUAUCCCUGCCAUGACCAUGAGUAAUCCGUGGUCUGUCUCCCAACCUGUUCGGCACAUGUCUAUUUUCGAAGAGAAUCCCUGGGGAUCACCAGCGCAACCUGAAGAACAACUCGGGACCACUACGCCAUCAAUCGUCAACUGCCCAACUAGUCCACUUCCUCUUGAUCCCACUGUUGCCACUAUUCCAGCCACAGUUCCCAAUGUUCCCAACUCUGGGCUCACUUCACAAUCCGUCAAGCAAACCCAGGGGGAGGGUUCUCAGCCAAUUUCUAAAAAGGACACGGCAUACAGUACCGGCGACCCAUUGGGAGUGGGGUUUUUGUAA